AUGGGUUUAAGAAAGUUCCUUAAGAUGAAACCUCCAGAAGAGGAGACUCCAGAUGAGAAUAGGAAUAACUUGCAGGAUGUAGGUAUAUCAACUAAGAAUCCUAAUAAAAAAAAGCGUGAAAAGUUUGCUGCCUAUGGUCAAUUUGCUAGAGAUAAAACAAAGGAGACAAUUUAUGCGCCUGCCGGUUAUGAGCAGUAUGCAAGACCACAAGAUCAUGUGGAUGAUGAUUUAAAUAAAUCAGAGGUUGAUAAAGAUGCUAGAAGGCAAAAUGGUAUGGCAUCUUUUAAUGAAAACUAUCAGAGACAGCAAAAUGCUGGUCCUGAAGCAGUGGCUUAUGCUGAGGAACAAAAUAAUGUACGGAAUCAAAGUGCAUACGAUCCGUAUGCAAUUAACAAUGGAAAUAAUGGAUCUAGUAGUGAUCCUUAUGCAAUUAAUGAAAGAAGAACUGGAAACAAUGGAUCUGGUAGUGAUCCUUAUCAAGGAUACUCUAAUAAUGAUCCUUAUAGUGACCCAUACUCACGAAAGAAUACAAAUUCAAAUGAUCCAUAUUCAACUAAUACUUCAGGAGGUAGACAAAAUAAUGACCCAUAUUCUAGAAUACAGCAAGGUAAUGAAAAUAGAUCAUAUGGUGAUCAAGCUUCUAACUCUCAACAGAAUAUAAGUAAUAACUACCGUCAAGAUCCUACCAAUGAUUUAAAUGCGUAUAAUGGAGUUAGAAAUACAUAUCAAUCAAAUGAAGUAAGCGACAGUUACAAUUCUUACCAAAAUGAAUCAAGUGGAAUUCAGAAUCAAUCGUCCUCUUCUAUAAAUAAGCAAAAUUCAUAUGGUAGACAAGCUAACCAGGCUAACCAAGCUAACCAAGCUAACCAAGCUGCAAGCAGUGGUAGAAUUAAUAUUACACAAGGUUCUAAUCCUUAUGCCUCAAUGCAAGAAGAUGCCUAUAACACUUCGUAUGCGCCAAAAAAGCAGAAUGUGGCACCUUCAAGAAGAAACUUAGCUAGACCUACCUUGCUGCAUGCUGAAACUGAGAGCACAAUGGAUUUGAAUCGAACGGAAACACAAAGAUUUGAUUUGAAUGAAAAUAACGAGACUAAUUUCAAUCGUGAUCGCAAUAGUGGCAAUAUUCAAAAAUCAGCAUUGAUGAAUGAAGAGGACGGUGAUGAUGGUUUUGAUUUUGAAGCAUAUUAUGGAGAGAGAUCAGAUCAAAUAGGUGGUGUCAGUAAAAGUAGUGUACCAUUAGAUGAAUUAGAUCUUAAUGAAGCUCCUGAAGAAGGCGCCAAUUGUGAUGAUUUGAAUGCUGUUCAAGAGCAGCUUCCAGCAAGAUACAAUCAACAGAAUCAACGGAAUCAACAGAAUCAGCAGAAUCAGCAGAAUCAACAGAAUCGCGGAAACUAUCAAAUGGACCAGUGGCAAAUGGAACAAGAACAAGGUCAAAAUUAUGAUUACAACUAUAAUGGACAGGACUAUCAGUUUGAACAUGCUGGAGGUAUUCAAAGAGGAUUCAAAACAUUUGAAGAAAUUCAGCGAGAGGAAGAACAAAGACAACAACGUGAAGAAGAUGAAGCAGUGGAUGAAGUUAAGCAAGAGAUUAAAUUCGUAAAGCAAUCGUCAGUUGCCUCAACAAGAAAUACAUUGAAAAUGGCUCAAGAAGCAGAAUUAGCUGGUAUGAAUUCUCUAGGUAUGCUUGGUCAUCAAAGUGAAAAGUUAAACAGUAUUGAAAAUAAUUUGAACUUAAUGAAAGUACAAAACAAAACAGCAGAUGAUAAGGUAGCGGAAUUGAAACAGCUUAAUCGUAGUAUUUUUGCUGUUAAUGUUUCGAAUCCAUUUAAUUCCAAAAGAAGACAAUUAGAAAAGGAAGAGAAAUUAAAGGGACGUAAAAUGGAAGAAAAGUUAAUCAAUGAACGUACAAACCAAACCCUAUAUAAUUCUACCAAAAGAAUUGAAGGAGCACUAAGUGACCAUAGUGAAAUAAGUGAAGUGAGAGAAAGAUACAAAAGAAAUGAAAUUCUUGAUAGAGCUAAAAGGUAUCAAUUCGAAAACGAUGAAGAAGAUGAUGCCAUGGAAGUUGAAAUUGAUAGAAAUUUAGAUAAGAUUCAACAAAUUAGUGGCAGAUUGAGGAAGCUAGCAGUUGCUACAGGUGAGGAAUUAGACUCCCAAGAUGAACGUAUUAAGAAUAUUGAGGAAGGUGCUGACGAAAUGGAUAUUAAGAUUCAUAUGAAUACUUUGAGAUUGGCUAACAUUCGUUAG